UGAGAAUGACAGCUUGGGUGAGUGCGUGAGAGUGCGUGCUCUCGCGCGCGCGCGUGUGUGUGUAUAUGUGUAAAAAUGGCGGAAGCUUCCUCACCGUCCUGCCGGUUUUUCUGCCACCGGUGUUCAACAGAGAUCAGCCCGCUUUUACCGGACUUCACAUGUCCGCACUGUGAGUUAGGAUUCAUUGAGGCAUUGCCAGAUGAAACGAGAAGUGGAGAUAGCUCCCCAUUUGCAUCGUCCAGAAGCGGUCCGACACGGGCCUCAUUUGAGCUGAACGUGGAUCACCACCAGCACUUGCCUACCUUUCCUUCUGGGUACAGUCCGUUUGCUCUUGGGAUUUUCAAUGAGAACUUUGGACUAAGAACUUGGCUACUCACAGAAGAUAAUAACCGAGAGACAGAAAUCCGCCAGGAACCAGAAAUGGCGUCACGGCAACGAUACAGCCCACAGUCUGCGCAACAUGGUCCGCACCAAGAAGGAGUUCCCUCGUUGGAGGGAAUUCUCCAGCAGCUAGUUACAGCCAUGUCAAAUAUCGGAAUAGCACCAACAGCCAUGCCAAAUAUCGGAAUAGCACCAACAGCUAUGCCGAAUAUUGGAAUAGCAUCGACAGCCAUGCCGAAUAUUGGAAUAGCAUCAACAGCCAUGCCGAAUAUUGGAAUGGCACCAUGGGGUAUGCUUCAUUCUAACCCAAUGGACUAUGCCUGGGGUGCCAAUGGACUGGAUGCCAUCGUAACGCAGCUGCUGAAUCAGUUUGAAAACACGGGUCCUCCUCCUGCAGAUGGAGAAAGGAUAAAACGUUUGCCCACCAUCUCCGUUACAGAGGAACACGUGGGCGCCGGUUUAGAGUGUCCUGUGUGCAAAGAAGACUACAGUGCCGGAGAACGUGUACGACAGCUGCCAUGCAAUCAUUUGUUUCACAAUGACUGUAUAGUGCCAUGGCUGGAACAGCAUGAUACGUGCCCCGUGUGCAGGAAGAGUCUUAACGGGCAGAACACAGCCACAAACCCACCGGCUAUAUCAGGGAUGAACUUUUCUUCCUCACCUGGCAACGAGAAUGCCAGUAGCAACUCAUAGAUCCUUCCCAACCUUCACCUCCAUACCCGCAAUGAGACCCCUGAGUCUUGUCUACAACGGACACAAGCACAGCUGCUAGUCUUAAUUCUAAGGGACAUAUGAGAGUUUCUUGCCGACGUCGUACUCAUCAUUCCACCACUUGCGCUGACGUGCUGCUGGGUCCAACUCCUUCUCUUCCUGCGGUCGAGCUGAGGACACUCACAUUCAAGGUACCACUAGAAGAUCUAACAACAACAAUACAAUGUGAGUUUAGGAGGAUACAUUUUCUAUCUAAAAGUCAAAAUGCUCUUUUUAAACGUCACCUGCGGUGGUGCAGGUGCAUCAUAGUUCGUAUCUCAAGAAUGCUGAGCCAACGUAAAGCAAAUUGAUCCAAUUUUGUGUAUGCUUUUGACUUGUUUGCACUUGUUUUUUUAUUUUUUUUAUUUGCACACUAUUGCAUGUUUUUGUGAGAGUGUUGGUUGAACACUGAUUUUUUUUUUUUUUUAGGUGUAAUUAGUCAUGUGUGUCUGGUGCAAUUUGGGUGAUCAUUUCAGGAGUUUCAUGCUGCAUUUCUAAUUCUGAUGUGAAAUAAAAAUCUAAAACUUUU